AUGGACCUUCUGUGGAUACUAGCGAAGCUCAUUCUGGCAGCCGCACUGUUACUAUCCUCCCAUGCCUCUGUCCUGGAGGUAACAAUACCAGAGGUCGAAAUAGGGAAAACGGCCAAUGUGUCACUGAAAUGCUCCACCCGUUAUCCCCAAAACGUAAUUUCUGAAAUUCUGGCUAUUAGAAUACUGAAAUGGGGUCAUGAUGAGUGGAACAGAGUGGCAGAACUUCGCGGUGGAGAAACAGAAAUCAGACAAAAACCCGAAAAUGUCUUAGCUGAGGGUAGUGUAACCUCUGCCACUGACAGCUUUCUGCACCUGACAUGGCGUGUGGCGACCAACAACACUAUGGGCCAAUACCGCUGUGAUGUCAUCGGCUAUACUUUCCUAGAAAAUGUCUCUUGGCAUAAAAGCCUUUCAGUUUUUAUCACAAGUAAAAGGGAGAUAGAUAUCCUGACCCAAACGGUGGAAAAGUACAAAAUAGAUGGUCUUUACCGCCUGCGCUUACAGAGACAGGUCAUUUUGGAAAAUCUGACGACGACUGUAGAAGCGCUUGAGGCGAGUUUCGAAAACAAGUUGAAAAAGCAGCAACAGGUAUUGAGCUAUAACCUGGAGGAGAGCAAGAGAGAGUGUCUGGAGCAAAAACAAGACAUGCUCAAAACCUUGAAAGCAAUGGUAGAGGAGAGAAAAGGAGAGGGCCUUCGUCGAAUGCUCUCACAGAAACAAGACAUCCUGGAGGAAACGAAGGCGACUGUGAAGGCUCUGGAGAACAAGUUGAAGAGCCAGCUACAGGGCCAGUCGUGUGCUGACGUGCAGGGAUUGGGCCCCCGACCAGUGAUCCGUCUCUACAACGGUAUAAACGUCGUCUGUGACACUGUCACGGAUAAGGGAGGCUGGAUCGUUAUACAGGGAUUGGGCCCCCGACCAGUGAUCCGUCUCUACAACGGUAUAAACGUCGUCUGUGACACUGUCACGGAUAAGGGAGGCUGGAUCGAGGGCUGCUGCCCAGGGGCAGAACACGUUAAGGAUUGUGGGCAGUGA